AUCAUCUUAUUACCUUAUUCAUGAGACUCAUUUGACAUCCGAAGCCACAAAGGAGUAUGACCGAAACCUGUCCCAUGCCUGAAAAAGAAGGCGAUACGCGGUGACUGACGAGAGUCAAGUGAACUGAGUCUGGGGGAAGGUUCUCAGUGAACGGAGCGCGGAGGAUGCGCGGGUGGUGCUGGAGGCGGGUCCCAGCCAGAUGUGCACGGCUGGCCCGCCCUCCCUCGCGCACCCGGCCCGCUUCACCGGCAGAGGAACCGUGGAGCGCCUUGCCAGGGCGCCCCCUCCUCUCCCAAGGCCGCAAGCACUCCAGCUGUGGGGCCGGCCUCCCCUUCCCACCCGCGGGGACCGCACCUGGAGGAGCAGAGGCCCCGAGCAGCCGAGGAGAGCGGAGGCAGCGGCCCCGCCGUGUCCAGGUCCCGCGCCCUCCCGGGGGGCAGGAGGAGGAGCAGAAGGCCAAGGCAAAGCCCCGCUCCAAGAUGCCGCCAGCCUGGGCCCUCGCGCUCCCGCUGCUGCUCCCCUGGGUGGCAGGUGGAUUAGGUAACGCGUCCAGUCCAAGCGAUCAAGGGUGGUCGGCACCAGCUCUCCAGCCUGGGGUCUGUCGCUAUGGAACCAAGCUGGCCUGCUGCUAUGGCUGGAGGAGGAGCAGCAAGGGAGUCUGUGAAGCUACUUGUGAACCUGGAUGCAAGUUUGGGGAGUGUGUGGGACCAAACAGGUGUAGAUGCUUCCCAGGAUACACCGGGAAAACCUGCAGUCAAGAUGUGAACGAGUGUGGAGUGAAACCCCGGCCAUGCCAACACAGGUGUGUGAACACUCAUGGGACCUACAAGUGCUUUUGCCUCAGCGGCCACAUGCUUAUGCCAGACGCCACAUGUGCCAACCUGAGAACGUGUGCCAUGACAAACUGCCAGUACGGCUGCGAAGACACGGAGGAAGGGCCGCGGUGUCUGUGUCCGUCCUCGGGUCUCCGCCUGGCCCCCAACGGAAGAGUUUGCAUGGAUAUUGACGAAUGUGCCUCUGGUAAAGCCGUCUGCCCCUACAACCGAAGGUGUGUGAACACAUUUGGAAGCUACUACUGCAAAUGUCAUCUUGGUUUUGAGCUGAAAUUUAUCAGUGGCCGAUAUGACUGUAUAGACGUAAAUGAAUGUGCUGUGAACCCCCAAACGUGCAGCCUCUACGCCAAUUGCCUCAAUACCCAAGGAUCCUUCAAGUGCAAGUGCAAGCAGGGAUACAAAGGCAGUGGACUUCAGUGUUCUCUUAUUCCUGAAAAGUCUGUGAAGGAAGUCAUCAGAGCACCUGGUACCAUCAAGGACAGAAUCAAGAAGUUGCUUGCUCACAAAAACAGCAUGAAAAAGAAGCUAACAAUGAAAAAUGUCAUCACAGAACCUGCUGGGACUCCCAGCCCUAAGGUUAACUUGCAGCCCUUCAACUCUGAAGAGAGCGUUUCCAGAGAUGUAAGCCCUAAUGGAGGGGAAAAAGGGAAUGAAGGAAGAAAGAACAAGGAGCUGGAGGAAGAGCAAAGAGACAAGACAGCCCUGAAGAACCAUGUGGAACAGGAGCAAAGCCUUCGAGGAGAUGUGUUUUUCCCUAAGGUGAAUGAAGCAGAUGAAUAUGGCCUGGUUCUGGUCCAAAGAAAAGCUAUAACAUCCAGACAGGAACGCAAAGAUUUAAACAUCUCAGUUGACUGCAGCUUCGCCCAUGGGGUCUGUGACUGGAAACAGGAUAUAGAAGAUGAUUUUGACUGGAACCCUGCUGAUCGAGAUAAUGCUCUUGGCUACUAUAUGGCAGUUCCAGCCCUGGCAGGCCGUAAGAAGGACGUUGGCCGAUUGAAACUUCUCCUCCCUGACUUGCAGCCCCAAAGCAACUUCUGUUUGCUCUUUCAUUACCGUCUGGCUGGAGACAAAGUAGGGAAACUUCGAGUGUUUGUGAAAAACAGUAACAAUGUCCUGGCAUGGGAAGAGAGCACGAGUGAGGAUGGAAGGUGGAAGAUGGGGAAAAUUCAGUUGUAUCAAGGGAUGGACACUACUGAAACUAUCAUUUUUGAAGCCGAACGUGGCAAAGGCAAAGCUGGAGAAAUUGCAGUGGACGGCGUCUUGCUGAUGUCAGGCUUAUGUCCAGACAGCCUUUUUUCUGUGGAUGGUUGAAUGUUACUGUUGUCUUUUAUAUCUUUGUAUUUGGCUUUUUAUGUCAGUUCUCUGUUUUUUGAUGUGACAUCAUACAUGCCCCUCCAUUUUAGAAAUACAAACUGAAAAAUUGUAAUGUACCAACAGAAACAUUAUUGUAAGAUGCCUUUCUUGUAUAAGAUGUAUCGAUAUGUGCUUUAAAUGUAGUACUAUUGUGUCCUCUCAUUCAUUUCUGAAUUUAUAAAAUGUGGAAAUGUCAGUUCUGCUUCUCCCUCCCCACUCCGCCACCCAGUAUAUUUGAUUUGUCUACAUGAGUUGAUGAACCUCUCUAUACAACGUUUCUAGAUUACAAAAAAAAAAAAGGCACAGAGAAAUGUUUGACUUUAAUGGCACUUUUUGGAAACUAUGACAUCACAGAUAGAUUUCUACCUAAGUGGCUUAGCCUGAUCUUUUAUGGCCAAACUUGUAUAUUUAAAUUGUUUGUAAUAAUAAUAUCCAAAUAAUCACCUUGGGUCAUGGUUUAAGUUUUUCUAAGUAAGAAAAUAUGGUUGUUAAUUCUAUGUUUACUUAUGUGUAUGAUUAUUUGCUUUGCUGGAAAAUGUGGGUUUUAUUCUUUUCUCUAUGGAAAUAAUUUAUCUUAAAAUGACUUCCUAUUAUGGGAACAACAUGAGUGCUUUAUUAGACCUUGUAAAUGCAAUACAAAUUAGCAUAAGUUGUUGAAUUCAAGACCUCAGAGAACUACCUGAAACUAAAUUAAGCAAGUAGCAGGACUCAAAGAAAAGACAGAUGCCUUCUUUUCUGUUUUUCUUUUCUUCCAAAUUCAAGAAUGGCUUUGUGUGGUAAUGAAUCCUGAGUGAAUUCUUUGAGGAUGAAAGGAUAUUCUGCUUUAAGAUUCUGGGUCAGAAUUAGCUCCAAGAUAGCUUCCAAACAGAAGGUUCCCCAGAUAUUUGCCUGCUCUCGCCUAAAGCAAUGAAGGCACUGUGCUCUAUGAGGAAGGAAAGAGAGACGGUGGCCCACCUAUUAAUCUUUAAAAGUUGUAGUCUCAGUUUUCAGGAUUUUUUAUACUGAAACUCUUGGGGCUGGAACACAUUGUUUUUCUUUAGUAGGAAGAAAUUUGGGCAUACAACGUCUACAGAGGACUGUGGCUGUACUUGUUGGAUAACUGAUAGUUAUAGAAACCCCCAAAAUAGUGUUUCUAGUGAUACCAGUUGAAGAUCUGCCCAGCUGAAUCAAA